AUGCGCACAAACGAGGGAAAGAAGCCCAUCGCACUUAUAGAUGCGGACCACUACAUAAUAAACUACAGAAGCACCAUAACGACGUAUGUACAAAAUAUCUGUAACAAUCUGCUAAAGGGGAAUGGGGACUCAGCAGGUCGUGCUAAUAACGAGUGGGACGCUAAAAGGAGGGAACGGAUCAUCUGCCUUUUCAUGUUCAGCAUGUAUCUUAACAAUAUCCACAGGAAUUUAAAUCUGUUCGGUUACUUACAUGACGUGUUGAUAAAGUAUAAUCAUCUGAUGGGGAGAAGCAGGACAAACCAAGGAGGGACAGAAGGGGGUGAGAAUAGCAACAUGAACAAACAGCACCAUGGCCAGGUGAAUGAAACUACCCCGGGUGGAGUAACAUCGGAACGGAGGGAAGGGAGUCCGAAACAGACGGAAGUGGACCCCCCUGCUGAACAGUACAUGGGAAAGAAGGAUGAAGCAUCCAAUGGGAAAGACCCCACUCGACAUGGGAACCUUGCCCAACCCGGAGACAUCUCCCACUUCAUGCACGACCUGAUAAAAGACAAAAAUUACAUCAACAUGGAUAACGUGACCGAGUCGAAAGUCUGCUUCUUGAACAUAAAAAAUAAAGGGAAGAAUGUGAGGGGGUCUCCUGAAUCGUUAAGAGAUGCAUUCGACGCGGAAGGGCACACGUGUGCAACUGAACUGAGCAGCAACUCGAAAAUAAGUGGGACGAAUCUGGGUCGUGCAACAAAGGGGAACAGCACUAGUAACAGCGAUGAGGAUACAGCGGAAGAUGACAAUGAUGAUGAGGAGGACGGCGUGGUAGACUCCGCUGAGGAUUCUGUAAAGUGUGCUGCACAUCCCGACGGAGAUGACACAUCCCUCUGGGCCAAUCGCAGCACGCGGACCGAGGCUCUCGACGAAGCGAGUUUGGAGGACCCACAAGACGACUCCUUCCAAGAAUCGCAAGGCAGCACCUACCGCUUCAGCAACUCCUCACCAGUGUGCCAAGGGCAGAAGCAGUUUUUAAUAAACUACAGUAGUGUGCACAUGAAGGCGAAAAGUUUCGACAACCUACUCUGCGUGGAAAACCUUUUAGUGGAACAAAAAAAACAAACAAACGUAGAACAUUCCGCGAAGGAAAUAGAAAACCUGUACAGAAUAAUUGUGCUGUCCAAAUUGCACAUAGGAGUGUACCGCUUUUUAACCUUUUUAAAAAAAAAAAAAUAUUUUUUAGUAUUUUUCAGUUCCAAUAAAAAGUUAACACAAACACUAUUCAAGUAUUUUAAAUUUUCCAAGCAUUUUAAAAAUUGUUACAAAAUAAUUGACUCCUUUGAGGAGCUGAAAAAAAUUGGAAACGCCGAUGAGGAAGUGCUCAUAUUUAGUAAUCGUGAAUGUUUUGUAAAUUUCGCAAAAAGGGAAGGAUAUUUUAACGUAGCAGGGGGUAAGAAAAAUCCUUCCAUGGCAACAAACUGUGAUGAUGUCAACUGGGAUGUGUUAAAACAAAAGGAGAGUUUUCUUUCAAAUACUUCCGACUAUGUGUCGAAUAAAUAUAACGACGUUGUAUAUCCUUUUCUGAGAAAUUGUAAUUUAACGGAAGACAUACUAUCAUGGCGAAUUUUUUAUAUUUUCAAAAAAUAUAUGUACAUACACGGAACGGUCGUGAAAGGAUUUGGAAGAGGCAGUAAAUACUUAAACAUCCCCACGGCAAAUAUUUCCUACUCCAACUUAACCUCCACCGAUAUUAUGCCUGGCAUAUACUUUGGUAUAUCCAGAUUGAAAAAAAAAAUUUACAAAACGGUCGUUUCAAUUGGCUAUAAUCCCUUCUUUGAAAAUAAGCAUAUAACUAUAGAAGCCUUUUUAUACUACAAGACCAAUACUUUAUUUUAUGACGAGGACAUCCAUUUAAUUAUUGUUGGUAUUCUUCGAAGCGAAAGCAACUUCUCCUACUUUUCUCACCUCAUUCAAGCCAUCCAGUUUGACUGCGAACUCGCACGCAUCAUUCUCAGCAAACUUCAGGAUGACGAGCAGUUUGUCCGGUGCAGGGAUUACCUCCAGUCGUUGUAG